AGCUACAACGGCGAAUGGAAGAACUCGGGAAGAACCCAGCCACACGGUAUCCGAGUUUGUUCAUGCAGAAAUGGCCAAGAAAGUCGAAGAAGAGUGACUAAAGAAAGAAGCUGAGGAGGAAGAACUACGUAAGGCAUGUGAGAAACUGGAGCGCGAGAAGGAGUGUAAGAGGAUGGAGAAGCUACGGAAAGAAGAGGAGCGAGUUGUGGAGAUCGACAAGAAAGUGGAGCUACAAGUGGCAAUCAAGACCGGCGAGUUUUUCGACAGAAUGGAGGCGAACUUGGGGUCAGUCUUUACUUUGGUCCGCAAGGCCAAAGGCAAGAAACAUGCUGUUUAUAUAUCCGACCAAGGGUUAAGUUCGGAGGGUGGGAACAACGAGGGAGCUACGAAAGAGAUUUGGAGGAAGACAAGGAGACGUGCGAUUAGUGAGAAACGCAAGAGGGGCCCAGAGCUUGUUUUUGAAGAUAGCCCACCGAUGCUGACACCUGCCAAGAGGACCCCGAGGACUAACAGGCAGAAAGGGACUGGGGGGACGCUACAUGUCACCCGUUCGAAGGCGAAGGUCAAAACAAAGCUCUCCCCGUAUGUAGAGAAAUGCAAGAAGAGCCCGAGGCAACCGGGUAUGGUUGCUAAAGUGCGAUUUCGGAACCAGGCGAUGGAGGAGCUCCAGGCGAUCUGGAAGGAUGAGGGUGUUGCUUACAAUGGCAAGGUGGAUGCCAUCUUCGAUAUCGCGAGCCGUCGGACCUGGAAGGCAUUUGGGGAAGUUGAACCGAUUGACUUGUUUGGCGCUAUCGGUAGGGAGAAAGAGGAAUCUACGAUCGUAGAAGGAGAGGAAAACGAGCUCUACCCCAACGGGGGCCUUCCAGAUGCAGCGCCCACUAAGGUGAUGAAGAUGGUAUCCACCAUAGGCAGCUUUGCGACCACAUCCACGGAGUCCUAUCGACCUGGAUAUAAGCGACAGGGAGAUAUGACAAACUCUGACAGACCUGACAUCAGCAAGUACCAAGGUAAUCCAGCCGGUGUGCAAGAGUCGUGCGAGCUCGGGGGCUGUAGCACGAUACUUGCAUGGAAGAAAACGAGCCUACUUGCUCAAACGGUCAACGAUCGUGAGGAUGUCGUCAUGAUCGAGACGAUCGCGGGGGAAGGGGCUUGUAACAUCCAUAGCAAUGGAGAGGCGAGGUGCUCGAGGAAUCGGCAACGGUUUCAGUUCGCCAUAAGGGACCUGAGAUCUUCCUUUGUUACGAUGGCAAACUGCGCAUGACUCAAUGUACCUCGUGACGUCGUGAAGAAUGUCGGGCCAAUGAAAACGCAGGCCAAUG